UCUUCUCAUGCCCCUUGUGAUUUUCAUGUGUCCAACAACCGCAGCACCCCACCCCCCAACUUCAUAUGUACAUAUGUAUAUAUAUAUGUAUGUAUAUGUGCACACAUGCACAUACAGCUCGCUAUAUAGCAGCCUCAAAUUCUCAUGAUCCUGUCCAAGUAGUAUUAUACUUGCAUUGACUCUUCAGCAGUCUCAGGCUCUCUUUCUUUGCCUUUUCUGGCUAUUUGGGCUGAUUUAAUUGGUCUUGAUUUUCUGGGUAAAUUUAUUCCAGCUUAAAGAAUUUGAUUUCCAGGGAGAUCUUGUAUAAAAUGAAUGCUCUUGCAGCCACCAACCGGAAUUUCAUGAAAGCGGCCCGCAUUCUGGGCCUGGACUCCAAGAUCGAGAAGAGUCUUUUGAUCCCCUUUAGAGAAAUCAAGGUGGAGUGUACAAUCCCCAAGGAUGAUGGGACACUGGUGUCCUACGUUGGAUUUAGAGUACAACAUGAUAAUGCCCGUGGGCCCAUGAAAGGAGGGAUCAGAUACCAUCCAGAGGUUGACCCUGAUGAGGUGAAUGCUCUUGCUCAACUGAUGACUUGGAAGACUGCUGUAGCAGAUAUUCCCUAUGGCGGGGCUAAGGGUGGAAUUGGGUGUUCUCCAAAAGACUUAAGCACAAGUGAGUUGGAACGUCUUACUCGAGUAUUCACCCAAAAAAUUCAUGAUCUUAUCGGAGUUAAUGCCGAUGUUCCAGCACCAGAUAUGGGUACUAAUGCUCAGACCAUGGCUUGGAUUCUGGACGAGUACUCAAAAUUCCAUGGUUACUCUCCUGCAGUUGUUACAGGAAAACCAAUUGAUCUUGGUGGUUCACUGGGUAGGGAGGCUGCAACAGGGCGUGGAGUUGUAUAUGCCACCGAAGCAUUACUUGCUGAACAUGGAAAGUCAAUAAAGGGUUUAACAUUUGCCAUUCAGGGGUUUGGAAAUGUUGGCUCGUGGGCUGCAAGGCUUAUUCAUGAAAGAGGUGGCAAGGUUGUUGCAGUGAGUGACAUAACUGGAGCAGUGAAGAACCCUAAUGGAAUUAAUAUACUGGACUUGCUUCAGCACAAAGACGCCACAGGAAAAUUAGCUGAUUUUUCUGGUGCCGAUGCGAUGGAUCCAAAUGAUUUGCUUACGCAUGAUUGUGAUGUUCUCAUACCAUGUGCUCUUGGCGGAGUCCUAAACAGAGAAAAUGCUGGAGAUGUCAAGGCCAAAUUCAUCAUAGAAGCUGCAAAUCAUCCUACCGACCCAGAAGCAGAUGAGAUUUUGUCGAAAAAAGGAGUUACAAUUCUUCCCGACAUUUAUGCAAAUGCAGGAGGAGUGACUGUUAGCUACUUUGAGUGGGUUCAGAACAUUCAAGGCUUUAUGUGGGAUGAAGAGAAGGUCAAUCAAGAGCUUAAGAGAUACAUGACAAGAGCCUUCCAUAACAUCAAGGGCCUGUGUAAAUCUCACAACUGUGAUCUUCGCAUGGGCGCUUUUACGUUGGGAGUGAACCGUGUUGCUCGGGCUACUCUUCUGAGGGGUUGGGAAGCCUAAAAAUUCUCAACAACUACAUCAUUCAGCUCCCGACAACAGCUUUCCCACCAUGGCAUUGUGUUCAAGAAUUUAUCAUUUCUCCAAAUCUUUUGAUGCAGAUGAUAGUUAUGCUCUUUCUAUACACUACCAAAAAAUGCAAUACAGCACCAAAAAUCUUAUGACUUAAAGUUAUUGUUUUCGGAUUUGUGUUUAAUUUGUUUAAGACAGCCAUCUUUGUUAAGAACUCUGUGUUCUAAGAUUAAAUCAAGAUAUGAACUUGCAAUAAUGGUAAUAAAAUUAAGAUUUAGUUGUUCAAUAA